GUGGGAAAAGCGCGAAGAGUUGAAAGCGUUAAUAAACGUGAUAAGUAUAACCAGUGGAUCUACCCCACACUGGGUAAUGGAGUAUCCCUGAAAAUGCCCCCCCGACUGUCGGCGCGAAGACUCUUCCUCCUCAUCCUCUUCUUCUUCACCGUCUCGAUCCUCUUCUCCCUCCAGGGCCGGUUACCAUGGCUACACGUGGAGACGACUGAACAACAGGAGAAGGAAAAAGUUUCGGAUGAGAUCGGCGCGUCUUCGGCUCCGAGUGCCGAAGUUUCGGUUAAUCUCGAUGAAGCCGAAUCGAUUACCAACCAUCAGCAAGGGAAACCAUGGUUCAUGACAGGAGGAAGCGAGUUUCCAGGCGAACACAAGGGUCCAUCGAGGUUGUUCCCGGAUCAGGCCGAUGGGGAUAGAGUGGUCGAUCAGUUGAUGUAUGUACCCGAAGACUAUCAAGGAUACGACAGUCCCGAGAAAGUGAUCCUCGCUUACAACGGUCUGGGUGCAUGGGGUCAAAAGUCUGGGUCAGCUUCUUUUCAUGGGUGUCCCGUCAGCAGAUGUUCUCUUACUGAUGAUAGAAGUAAAGCUACAGAUGCUGAUGCUAUUUUGUACAAAGAUCAUGUCAUACACCCAGGAGUACCAAGACCCUCCAAACAGGUAAUCAAAUGA